AUGGAAGUUGACAGUGAGGGCAUGGAAAAUACAGUGGCUGGCACACGUCCGAUUGAGAAGCCGCCGGAGGAGACACCAAGGAAAGCCACUUUCAAGGAGAAAGUACUUGGAGCGCCGCCUAAGGGGCCCAAGGAGAUUCGUAACCUUGUUAAAGAUGGUGUCAUGAAACGGGAGCAGUAUGGUGGCAGUCGGCUGUUUCCAAACUUUGAUUCCGCUGAUGAGUCAAUUUACCAGCAGAUCUGCAAGCCGUGGGAGCACUGCUUGGUGGUGAAGCUACUGGGAAAGCGUAUUGGAUAUGGAAUUCUAUGUGAGAAACUGAAGGCGAUGUGGAAGCCGGCAGGUGGCUUCGUGGUCAGGGAUAUACACCAUGGAUAUUUCCUGGUAAAAUUUGACUUAGAUGAUGACAGGAUGAAGGCAAUGGCAAGAGCGCCAUGGAUGAUAUUUGAUCAUUACUUGUCCGUCAAGCCUUGGAAUCCAGAGUUCGUUGCAGCAAACUCGAAGAUCAACACAACAAUGCUGUGGAUUCGGAUCCCAGGACUAGGUUUCCAAUUCUAUGAUGAGAGUAUCCUAAUGACACUAGCCUCCGGAGUUGGUGAGCCAAUUAGAGUUGAUACAAAUACAGUGGAUAUGCAGCGGGGCAAAUUCGCCAGAGUUUGUGUCGAGAUCGACCUGGAUCAGCCCGUUAUUGGCAUGGUGGGACUGAGAGGCACCUGGUAUAACGUGGAGUAUGAAGGGCUCCACUUGCUGUGUUCCCACUGUGGGUGCUACGGUCACCUUGCAAGGAACUGUACUAAUCCACAACAGAGGGCACCUCCGGCACCAAUCAACAUGCCAGCACCGAUCACCACGCCUGAGAAGGAGACCUCAGCGGCGGCGGAGCAAGGACAGGGAGAGUCUCAGGCGAGUGCAGAACCAGUAACGCAGGGUGGAAUAAUUGCACCGGGGGACACGGUAAUGAAUGCGGGAGCUAAUCAUCAGCCUUCAAUUAAGCCGUUACCAUGUCCACCAACGGCGCAUGGUGAUUGGCUGGUAGUGGAUAAGAGAAGGAAAAAUUCAAAAAAACAGAAUAAAGAGCCCUCAAUGCGUGGAAAGUCUAGUAACAGCAAGGAAACCAUGAAAGACGCCGUUAUUCCAAAACUGGUGGAGACAAAUUCUUUGGUCUUCAAUGCUGGCGUUAAUACGGGACAAGGCAAUAAAGCAGCAAUGAUUAAAAAUGGAAAAAAGAGAGUGCGAAGGGACCCAUCAACCAGUGGAGAAUCUGGACGAGUCAAAGGAAUUCCUCCAGGGAAAGUGACAUCAGCCACGUCAACUAUUUCCACGCCACUGCCAGGAUCUAGCUCCGUGACACAGAAGCAUGGAACGAAUACCAUCACCGUCCUUGCAGAUGGUACUCGCUCGAUUCUACCCUUACAACAUCAGGGAGGUAGUCGUUACAGGCUCUUGGAUAGUGAGAAGCAAGGGCAACAAUCUACUAUUGUUCAAGGGCAAUACAGUGGAGUGCCUCCAGGGCAACAAAGAACGUGA